AUGUGUCAAGGACCAAUGCACGAGUUCCUCCAGGCUCUGCCCAAGUGCGAGCAUCAUAUGCAUCUCGAGGGCUCUCUCGAACCAUCCUUACUCUUCGACCUCGCGUCCCGGAACGGCAUCUCGCUCCCUUCGCCCACAGAGGACCCGUCGUUCCAGUCCAUCGACACGCUCCUGGCCCGCUACCGCCGCUUCACCUCGCUCGAUGACUUCCUGCACUACUACUUCAUCGGCAUGUCCGUGCUGAUCACCCCGGCGGACUUUGAAUCCCUGGCGUACGAGUACUUCGGCCGCGCGCACCGCGACGGCGUGGUUCAUGCCGAGGUCUUCUUCGACCCGCAGGCCCACACGUCGAGGGGGGUCGCCUACAACGCCAUCGUGGACGGGUUCACGGCGGCGCAGAAGCGCGCGUCCGCGGACUUUGGAAUCACCUCUGAACUCAUCGUCUGCGUCCUGCGGCACCUGCCCGUCGAGGACGGCGAGAAGAUGUAUCGCGACGCGAUCCCGCACCUGGAGACCGGCGUGAUCAGGGGUCUGGGCCUGUCGUCCACGGAAAAGGGCAACCCGCCGCACCUGUACCGGGACAUCUACGCCGACGCCGAGAGGCGCGGGUUCAACCGCACCGCCCACGCCGGGGAGGAGGCCGGCGUCGACUACAUGGCGUCCGCCGUGCACCAUCUGAACGUGAUGCGCGUGGACCACGGAAUCAAGUUGCCCGAGGACGAGAGCGUCAUGGCGCUGUUUGCCCAACGCAACAUCAUGGUGACCAUGUGCCCGCUCUCCAACGUCGAGCUCCGCUGCGUGUCCAAGGUCGCCGACCUGCCCAUCCGGACCUACCUGGACAACGGCGUCAAAUUCAGCAUCAACAGCGACGACCCAGCUUACUUCGGCGGCUAUAUCCUGGACAACCACUGUGCGGUACAGGAGGCCUUCGGGCUGGACAAGAGGGAGUGGGAAAGGAUCGUGGGCCACGCCAUUGACGGCAGCUGGUGCAGCGAUGAGAGGAAGGGCGAGCUGAGAAGACACCUCGAGGACGUCAUGGUGAGGUAUAAGGACUAG